ACAGUUGAAGUCUGUUGUCUAGUCUGUGCCUGGCCUCGCCGUCAUGAUCCCACGCCUCGACUGAUUGACUGUCUUGUAGAGGCUGUCUUUACAGGAUUUGCUUGUGCCCGGCCGCCGGAACAAGGCACUGGAGAGGGUCGUCGAAUCGGUGAGGCGCUGAAUGUGCUCGGCGCUUUGGCCUGUCUCUUGCCUCGGUCUUGUCGGCUCCGCAUGCUUCGUAUAGCUUCGGACAUUCUGGAUGAUCCUGUGUUGCUUGAUCCCACGCCAAUGCCUCCAGCCGAUUUGACGUCUCUUAAGCAACGGUCUGGUGUCAACAUAUGGAGAAGGUCUCGGCGUGUCGACUGGCAUGUGCGGCAGACAGUUGAGCUUGUGGCCGGAGGCGGAGCUGAAGCAGUACCAUGUGGACAUGUUGAGUCGACGGGUGAAAAGGAGACCGAGACAACGACUGGCAGUGGACGCAGAGAGGCACUGGCGACCCGAGCUGCGGCGGAAUUUUUCCAGGCUCUUUUGCCAGUUGACUGGCCCCUUCAGCCGGUUCACUCAGCGGUUGACAGUUUUUCGCUUCACACAUCAAAUAUUCCCCCAACCAAACGAUUCAAUCCCUCUGAUCACGAAGGGCAAACCUCCUCUUCGACUGGGAGUUGUGGAGAUGGGCAGAUUGUGCCUCGCCACCUCUUCAAAGCUGCUCUCUGGCACGCUAUCUGGACACAUGCCAACACAAGCCAGUUGACCACUAUGCCUACGUGA